AUGAGUCGAAGCAAUUCAGAAGCCACCGAGUAUCUCACCGCUCUACUGAACAAGAACCUACGUAUCCAUACCACCGACUCUCGUAUCUUCGUCGGCACCAUGAAAUGUACCGACCAGGAACGCAAUAUUAUUCUAUCAUUGACGCAUGAAUAUCGCAAACCGCCGCCAAGUGUGGUUGAGGAUGCUGCACACCAGAUGGAUCUCGAAGGUGCGACUGGCAAUGUGAAGGUGGAUAUGGUCAAGAGAUUUGUUGGCUUGGUCGUCGUGCCAGGCAGAUAUAUCACCAAGAUCGAGGUCGAGGAGUGA